CUACUGAUUGACUGAAUCAACAAAUGAUUGAUUGAUUGAUCGAUUGAUUGAGGACUGAACAAAUGACCAAACAAUGAAAUGACUGAAUGACAAGCAAAGGAACUUAAUGAAAAUGCUUGGUGCAUGUUUGUAAAUAAGUGUCUCAGUUCCACCCUUCAAAUAUUUCUCCACUGAGUUAUUCAUGGCUGCAGCUCUGCUCAUCAUACCUGGGAUGUUUUAUGCACAGUAGGCACAAACAUCACACACAGCAGAUUCGACCUGACCAUGGCUGCGAUCGAACACACAGUGCUGCUCCUGGCUUUACUGUGGACUACUGCCAGAGGAGAUAAUGAGAAAACCUGCAUUUUCAACAACAGCUGCAUCUUACCAUGCCAUGAGGUGAACAACGCUGAAGUAAUUCACUGGAAACAGGGGGAGAAAACUGUCCACUCCUACUACGAUGGACAAGACCAGCUGGCAGAACAGAACCUACGUUUCAAAAGCAGGACGUCCCUGGUUGAGGAUCAACGCACCAAAAGAAGAACUUCGCUCCAGCUGAUGAGGGUGCAGAUUCAGGACAAGGGUGAAUACCUGUGUUACACUAGUAAUGUCAACAGUGGACCCAGCAAGUCCUUCAUGAAUCUCCAGGUAAUAGCACCAGUGGUCGAUGUCAAAAUGAGGAAGGAAGAAAACAGGAUCAUCUGCAGCUCUGAGGGGAUUUAUCCUGAGCCUGGACUCACCUGGUCCACUGAUCCUCCGUCAAACCUCACCCUCCAGGGUAACGCCAUUGUGGCGAACACCACAGAAACUGAAGAUCGGCGUUACAACAUCCGCAGCUUUAUGACGCUUUCAGACAGCUAUGAAGAUCGGAGCUACAGCUGUAACAUCAGCACUCGCAGUAACUGGAGUAAAGUCACUCUGAAGCAGCUGCAUUUGAGGAAUCAGACACACGUUGAAAUCCCCUGCAGCACCUCCGAUGUGUCUUUGGGAGACUUCAGCUUCAUCUGGAGCUUCAAUCACAGUCGGAUCAUUGUGAACCGGAGUCUCAGCAACGUCUCCCAAGUCUCAGAUGAAUGGAAGCAACGUGUGAACGUAUCGGAGUCAGGACACCUCUUCCUACAAGACCUCACGCCAGAUCAGGGGGGGAUAUACACCUGUGAGAUCAAUCAGGCUGGAAAUGGACUGAAAACUGAAAAUGAGAUAUGGAUCGCUCCAAGUGUCCUGUACGAACCUUCGAAAGAGACUCACAGUGAGAGAAAUUUGAUGAGACUUUAACAAUUAACCAACUUGAUGUGUUCUUACCGUGCCCAGAAAAAAAAGUAUCCAAACCCCUUUAUUCAGCUAUUUGCCAGAGCAACUCUCAUUUAAUCCCACUAGUAGUAACAUAUGCUGGACUUUAAAAUUCAAAAUAUCAGAUUUUCACUUUGCGGUUCUUGGGAUUGAAUAAUGAUUGAAUAAUUAACCAACAACAAUCAAACAUUUCCCUCCCAGUUUUACUAUUUAAAGACACAUUACAAUGAAAUUAGCGAAAAAAAAAAAAGUUUUGUUCACGUCUCUGUGAAUGUAUUAAUGUGGCAUAUACAAUGCCACAUUGAUCAUUAAUGGCCACUUCUGUGUUCUUCUCUUUUUUGUUUUUCAGGGAGAGUUGGACUCAUCGUUGCAGUAGCGUUGUUCAUUUCUUCAUUGCUAUUAUAUUUAAUCCGUGUACGAACCAGAAGAAGGUAUUUAAAUGUAAAUCGUAAGACAAUCAAACAACAAACUGAAUUACUAAGAACAGACAGCGGCAGUAUUUAAAUUGGAAACCAAAAGGCAGUAUUUUCACUGAUUCAUCGAUAUGAAUUUCAAACUGUUUUUUGAAAAUGAACAACACUCCUUCAUCUUUCAAAUUUCUUGAACAAACAUCUUAUACUCCUCAUACAAUCGAUAAUAAAACUUGAUUUAUUUUGACUGUUUUUGCGAGAAUUUGUUCAGUUUGCUUGCUCGGAUGAGGAAGUUACAGGCAUUUAUAAGGUUCUGUUAGUGUCUUUAAUAAAGACUCUUUAUCUUUUCACUCAAAUUAUUUGUAAUUCUUUACCCAACUCCAGCAGAAUAUUGUGUCCAUUUACAGUUUAGAUCAGUACAAACUUUCAAAAACAGAUGACUCUGCAAAAUACACUCAAGCAUUAAGUUAUAUCCUCAAAAGACAUUGAGGAUUAACUUCCUUGUUUGUUUUUGCAUUAUUAAAAUGCAAGAGGAGUUACAUAGUCAUUAUUUAAAAUUUUUCAUUACGAAAAUAGUAAAUUAAUUUGUAUAACAAUUUUUCUUUUACUUUGGAAAAGUUGUCUUUUUUAACUAAUGUAAGGAAACCAUAUA